AUGUACGCCGCAAGCAAGAUGACCGGGGCUGUUGCCCGCAUUGGUGCCAGACAAAGCACUCGAUUCAUGUCGACAUCACAGACUCCCAUCCAAAGCUCCAUCAUCCGCUCGACCCGACAGCCAUUCAUCCGCAAUGGUCUCCUGCUCAACAACGCCCGUGCGAACUUGAGCUCGAACAUGAUCCGCGGUGCCAUGCAGUCCCGCGGCGUUGUGGCCGAGACCGCAACCACCGCCAUCGUUGUUGCCGCCAAACUGCACGGUGCAGGUGCAGCCACCAUCGGAUUGGCUGGUGCCGGUAUCGGUAUUGGAACGGUCUUCGGUUCAUUGAUCCAAGGUGUUGCUCGCAACCCAUCCCUGCGAGGUCAACUUUUCUCGUACGCCAUUCUCGGUUUCGCCUUCGCCGAAGCCACCGGUCUCUUCGCAUUGAUGGUUGCCUUCCUCAUCCUCUACGCAUACUAA